AGAGCCGCUGUGCUCAUGCUCCCAGGAGUUCUGUGCUGCCUUCGAUAACUCAGCUACACAGCAGUGUGAAAAAUGUCAUCCAGAAUGUCUUUUCAGUCUUCCUCCACAGUCAGGAGUUCAGGGUUACGAGGAGGCUUAGGGAUGGAUGCAGGCAGUGGCUUGGGAUUAUCAGCAGGCUUGUCCCGUCUGAGUUUAGGUGGAGGUGCUGGAGCUGGCUUAGGGUUAGGAGGUGCACUAGGCUUGGGAGCAGGUGGCCUUGGUGGGGGAGCUGGUUUGGGCUUAGGUUUUGGAGCUGGCUUAGGAGCAGCAAAUCUGGGCCUCGGUCUUGGAGGAGCCGGUUUUAAUUUGGGCUCUGCUGGAGCCUUGGCUGCUAGCCCUGCUUUUGCAAUGGGCCGUGCACUGGCAGCUGGAGGGAUGAGCAUCGGCUCAGCUGUGACUGCUGGUGCUGCUAUGCCUGCUUUGCCUCCUCCACUGCCAAGCCGAGCUGCUGAGAAGCACACCUUGUCCACCUUGAAUGAUCGCUUUUCUUCAUAUAUGGAGAAAGUGCGCUUUCUGGUGAAGGAAAAUGCUGCUUUGGAAGCUCAGCUCAAUCAGCUGACCGGAGGAGCACCUAUGGCCACUGAUGUGUCUGUCAGCGGCAACCCUGAGGCCCAGUUAAACGAUCUGAGAAACACCCUGGAGGGCUUAACCUUGGAUAACAUCAAAUAUGAAAUUGAACUGGACAACUUGCGAGGAACAGCAGAAGAACUGAAAGCUAAACUGGAUUUUGAAAUGGGAGUCAAAUAUCAGCUGGAAAAUGACAUCAUGGCGAUGAAAAGGGAUAUUGAAAUUGCAUCUGAACUCCAGAUUGAAUUGGAAUCCAAAUAUCAAAGCCUGAGCAGUGAACUUGACUUCGUCACCAAAGCACAUGAAGAGGAGCUCUCAAAUCUCCAGUCCAAACUUGGAAACAUCAGCGCUGACAUUUCAUCGGUUUCCAUGAUUGAAGUGGACACUGUAAAGUCAUUUGACCUGACCACUGCCCUGAACAAAAUGCGGUCAGAGUAUGAUAAGUCAGUCCAGCAGCACAAGGAUGAGGCCGAAGCUUACUUCAAAAUGAAGAUGGAUGAAAUUCAGACCUCUGCCGUCAAGAGUACAGAAGCCAUCUCGGAAACCAAGGCAGAAAUCACAACAUCGAAGAAAGAAUUACAAGGUCUCAAUUUAGAACUCCAGUCUCUUAUGUCAUUGAACUUCAACUUGGAGCAGGGUUUAGCAGAAGCUCAGGCACAGGCCAGCAUCGGGGUGGCAGAAUACCAGGCACAGAUUUCAAGCCUCGAAUCCGCCAUUGUGACAGCCAAGUUAGAGCUAAAUAGACAGAUCACGUCCUACCAGGAGCUGCUGGAUGUUAAACUUGCCCUUGAUGUGGAAAUAUCCACCUACAGAAGACUACUGGAGGCAGAUGACUUUAAGCUCCCAGAUCUUGAGGUGUAUUCUGGAACAUACAGUUUUUCUGCAGAAAGUGGGCUGAAAAAGAAAGAUCUGUCAGUCACAGCAGAUGAUACAGAGACUUCAUCAAUUUCUUAAAAGGACAGCGUGUCCAUUUCCUGUCCGCAGACCAACAGCAGGAUGGCUGCAUGAGUGAAAGUAACAGCAGCGCCCUUCAGAUCUUAUCUUCCCUUCUGUUGCGAUGUUUCCAUUCUGAGGCUGACAAUAAACUUGUUCUUUGCAACAAAAAAA